AUGCGCUGGAUGCGGCAAAACGCACGCCGCCUGGUCAAGAAUCUGUACGAGGAGCUUGUCCCUGUACAGCAAGAAGAAGCCCUGAUAGACCUAAGUCCGGAGAUAGACGUAGACCCUACCCCGUCCGAGACAGAACCGUCGAUUGCCCAGCAAAUCAAUAUGAUCAGCGAACCGGAGACGCCCGCACCAGUGACCCCUGCCCCCAGGGGUCGUACCCUGAGCAAGAGGCGCCCCCGCAGCAUCACCUUGCGGGCAACGAGGCGAAGCGCUAGACAUCAGGUAACGCAGGAAGCUGCCCCCUUUGCCAUUUCGCCUGCUACAGGGGACACCCCUCCAGCGAAGAAGACCCGAAGCAAGCAGCCAACCUACCGAGAACGAUCAAUAUCGACUAGUGAUAUCACUAGCGAUAACGCAGUGAUAGCCCUCCUAAAAUCGCCGGAGGCAUCUCUUAUCCCUGCACCUACCCCCUCAGAGCAUUCGACCACGAUCGUCUUGGCCGAGGACAACACGCUUGCCCGCUCAGACAGGGUAAUGGCCCAGUUCCUCCGGGACCCGGCGGUCCUAGAGGCUGAUAUCAUCUUCAUACAAGAACCAUGGGAUAACCCCUUUCAGGAUUCAACCUAUCAUCCAGCUAAAGCAACAUACCAGCUUCUAUACCCGACACGAACGGAUAUAGGGGACGAACGGGCACGCGUGUGCCUCUUUAUUUCGCGACGAAUCGACCUUAAUACCUGGAAACAUAUACCCCAUUCGAGGGACAUUCAAGACCUUGAUCUGACCGAUGCCGAUGGCAAGCGCUUUCGCAUCUUCAAUAUAUAUAAUCGACCUGCCGAGGUUGGCACCGGCACCUUAGGCUUGGUCAGUGACCUCACUACUAACAAUACUAAUGACUACGUCCUCCUACUGGGGGACUUCAACCUUCAUCACCCGGCCUGGGGCGGCAAGAAUGCCGCCCGGGAUACCUUUUCUAACCAGUUACUUGACUUAAGCGAUAGAAGGUGCCUGGAUCUCUGGCUAGAGCCGGGCACCACUACCAGAGACGAAGCCGGAGCGAAAACUAUAAUUAACCUACUCCUCGACUCGCAGGACCUGACCCCUAGGCUGGUUACCUACCUUUCCGAUAUCCCUACGACCUCCCUACCUCGGCAACUUGGCUUCCCGGAUCUCGCUGAACACGAGGUACUGCGCUGCAUCCGAAAGGCGCCUUCUGAUAAGGCCCCCGGACCCGACGGCAUCCCUAAUAAGGUCUGGCACUGGUUAGGUGAGGUUCCCUCCUUCGUGAAGGCGCUCACGAGCGUCUUUAACGCCUGUAUCCGACUCGGACAUAACCCCGGAUAUUUUCAGCAAUCUAUAACGGUUGUCUUCCGUAAGGCCGCGCCACGGGAUUAUCGAGUCGCUAAAUCCUACCGGCCUAUUGCCCUCUUGAACACACUCGGUAAGAUUCUAGAGGCAGCUAUCGCUACCCGUAUAGCCUACGCAUUGGAGGAAUAUAGCCUACUGCCACGAGGGCACCUAGGGGGACGCAAGGGUAUCUCCGUCGACCAUCUGAUUCAACUACUGAUGGAUGCUAUCUUUGAUGGCUGGGGCCGAGGCCAGAAGGUAAGUAUGCUCCUGUUAGACGUAGCAGGGGCCUUCGACAACGUCUCUCAUACCCGGCUGCUACACAGCCUGAAGAUGGCACGGCUAGGGCAUUUCGCCGGGUGGCUAGAGUCAUUCCUUUCAGACCGACAGACCCGGCUCCAACUACCUGGCUACUUGAGCGGUAUCAUUUCUAUCCCUACGGGGAUCCCUCAGGGGUCCCCUAUCUCCCCGAUCCUUUUCCUUCUCUUCAAUACGCCCCUUAUUCGGGCACUAAAAAUCAAUACCGUUGAGAGCAUGCGCAUUCAGCUACCGCUCUCGGGCAGAACCCUGGCAUUCGGCUGGAUUGACGAUACCUGUACGAUCGCUCUUUCCGGGUCUUACGCAGCUAAUCAGCGUCUACUGGAGUGGGCACUCGAUAAGGCUGCUGUAUGA